AUGAUUUUCACCGAGAAAAAAAGCCUGAUGAAGCUGUCAGUCUCUGUGGAAGCUGGUCUGGUUUCCUCAGAUCGUCACUACCUAGUGCUGGAUGCAAAAGAUUUCGGUGCUCACUUGGACGUGGAAAAAUUUGGUCUGACCAAAAGAAAACUCACAAACCGCCAUGUCCUGUUGAUGAUUAUCGGCCAGUCUAUCGGCACUGGUCUUUUUGUCGGGAUAAAAACACCGCUUAUGAACUCAGGCUCGCUUUCCCUAUUUCUAGGCUUCUUCUUGUGGGCUGCCUCAAUGAUAUGGCCCUUGAUGCUUGCAACAGGAGAAAUGUGCUCAUACCUACCUGUUCGUGGGACAUUUUUGCACUUUGCUGCUAGGUGGCUAGAUCCAGCCUUGGGUUUUGCCGUCACCAUGAUGUAUUUAUACACAACACUCAUGUUCAUCUGUGUUGAGGCAGUUGCUUUUGCUUCGGUAGCAGGCUACUGGACAGACUUGUCACCUGCCGUAUUUGUGACGAUUUUUCUCGCUUCGGUUUUAUUUUUCAAUGUGUUCGGCGUGAACUGGUAUGGAGAGAUUGAGUUCUGUCUGUCUAUAUUAAAAGUGCUACUCAUAGUUGGGUUGAUGUUCUUUGGACUCAUCACUAUGUGUGGAGGCAACCCAAAGGGCGACGCCUAUGGGUUUCGCAAUUGGAAGGAAGGCGGUUUGGUCAAGCCUUACCUUGUAGAGGGAAACACAGGAAAGUUCCUUGGGUUCUGGAAUGUGUUGAUCUUUGCUGCUUUCUCCUGUGGUGGCCCAGAUAUGUUGGGUAUGGUUUCUGGGGAAAUCUCCCAGCCACGCAAAAACAUCGCCACUGCAGCCAAGAGAACAUACAUUCGAAUCUUUUUAUUUUACGUUGGCGGAAUCUUUUUCGUCAACUCUCUUUGUGCAUCGAAUAACCCAGAUCUUCUCGCUGCAAGUGCUUCGGGUAAAGGUGGAGCUGCUGCUUCUCCGUGGGUCAUUGGAAUUAAGUCAGUGGGAGUCAAUGGCCUCGACUCCGUUGUCAAUGCUGUGGUAUUGACAUCAGCGUGGUCCUGUGGAAACGGGUUUACCUACGGCGCUGCAAGAAGCGCAUACUCAGCAGCCUUGGCAGGUUAUAUUCCCAAGAGCUUCUCCUACUGCUUAAAAAGCGGCUGCCCAAUUGUUGCUGUUGUGUUUGCCAUGUCGAUUGGAUGCUUGUCAUACAUGACUACCUCUAAGGCUUCUGCUGUGGUCCUCAACUGGUUUAUCAAUUUGGCCACAACAGGUUUGCUAUGCACGUACGCUGUGAUGUGGAUGUGCUACUUCAAGUUCAAGAAAGCGACGCGGGCUCAACCUUGUGAUCAUGAGGACCCCAAAUUCUAUAAGCUCAGUGGGUUUUUAUACCCCUGGGUGACGUACUGGGCAGCGUUUCUCAACGCACUUGUUCUUUUCUUCAAUGGGUUUUGGAUCUUCUUUCCUGGUCAAUUUUCUGUUGCAAACUUGUUCACAUCAUACUUUGCUCCUGUAUUCUUCAUGUGCUUGUUUGGAUUCUGGAAAAUAUGGAAGAAGACCCAUUGGCGCUCUGCAGAAGAGGCUGACAUCACCAGCGACAAAGCUGACAUCGACGAUGAAGAGGAAGCAGAAGCCUUGAGGUUGUCUCUCAUACCCAAGAAGCAAGAAUUCCUAUGGAAAGUUUGGUAUAAGGUUUCUGCUUUUUGUUUUAGCUAG